UCCGUACUCAAUAGCUUCUGGAAUGUUCCUUCCCAACAUUUAUCUUUUUGGCCAAAGUUUGAUAAGGAAAAGAGUUUGUCGUUGGUGGUGGAAUUGUGUUAGUUUCAAGUUUUUAUCAUAACGAAUGGGAAAAGACUAUUAUGCUAUACUCGGCGUAGAGAAAAAUGCAGACGACAGCGCCUUGAAGAAAGCUUAUCGCAAACUUGCCGUAAAGUGGCAUCCGGAUAAGAACCCAAACAAUAAAGAGUUUGCUGAAAAGAAAUUCAAAGAAAUAUCUGAAGCUUAUCAAGUAUUAUCGGACCCUGAGAAACGUAAGAUUUACGACACUUAUGGAGAAGAAGGUUUAGCUGCACAAAUGGGAGGUGGAGGUGGAAAUGCAAACCAAGGCUUUGGUGGAUUCUCCACAAGUGGUGGAACUACGUUCUUUAGGAGCACCUUUAAAGAUCCCGAAGAGCUGUUUAGGGAAUUCUUCGGGAGUUCAAGCUUUGGUGGUUUUGGUGGGAUGAGUAGUAUGGAUGACGAUAUUGGAAGCAUGUUUGGUGGACCAUUUGGUGGUACUUUUGGUUCUUCCUUUAGGCGCAGUGGAACACGACAACAAGCUAGAAAGAAGGCUCCUGAUCACGAAGUUCCUUUGUAUCUAUCUUUGGAAGAUUUGUAUAAAGGAGUUACGAAGAAGAUGAAAGUUACGAAAACUAUUGUUGACUCACAAAGUGGAAAAUCCUUGCCAGCAGAGAACAUUUUGACAGUGGAAAUAAAGCCUGGAUAUAAAGAAGGUACAAAGAUUCGUUUUGAAGAGGAGGGAGAUGAGAAACCGGGUUUGAUUCCUGCAGAUGUGGUAUUUAUUAUUAAGCAGAAACCUCAUCCAGUCUUUACAAGGGAAGGCAAUAACUUGAUCAUGAAUGUGAAAAUUCCUCUUGUCAAAGCUCUUACAGGUACAAUUGUGAAGGUAGAAGGCAUUGAUGGUCGUUCAAAAAAUAUUGAAGUGAAUGAAGUUAUCUCUCCUGGGUAUAAGAAGAUAUUAAAAGGAGAGGGAAUGCCCAAUAGUAAGAGACCUAGUGAAAGAGGAGACUUGGAAAUACGUUUUGAUAUUGUGUUUCCUACUCAUUUAACACAUCAACAAAAGGAGCAAUUGAAGAAAGUUUUGAGUUGAUAUGGCGUCCAACCCGUUUCAAACUCAAGUCCAUCAUAAAGAAUUGAACCACCGA